AGUUUUUUUAUUACUCUUUCCUGCUACAGCCGCGCCGGUUCAACAGCGGUGGAUCUCAAAAACGCGGGCCGUAAACCUCCUGCUGAAGGUGAGUGCGUAGGGGAUGCAUACUGCGAUCUUGGAAGUCCUUCAUCAUUGUCAUCGACGCGGAGUAUCCUUAGCUCAAAACACCAAACAACGAAGCAGUAAGAACGUAUCUGCUAUAGAAGUCAACGACUAGACGGCACACGGUAGAUGGCCCACUCAGUGGAGCACGCAACGUGCGGAGGAUUCGUGUUUCUUGUAUCCACCACCGCGUAGUUCAACACCCAAACUUACGCGCUGCUGCUGCACCACAACGCUGCUUUUCUUCACUUCUCCGUCAUUCACACAUAGAAACUCAGAACAGCUUUUAUUGCUGCACAAAACACACAUAGGUACUUCACCACGUCGAGCAAACCGACGAAGGGGGAAAGAAGAGAAAAAACGUAGAAAGAGAAGCAGCUCAAAUGACGGACGCACUUCCUCUUCUGAAGGCCACACAGGCGAGCUGCAUGUGUCCUGUGUGCCUCGACGUCUUCAAAGAUCCGGUCAGCUUUCACUGUGGCCAUGUGCUGUGCCGCGUGUGUGCGGUGCGCUGCAUCGCCGCACGACCGCGCUGCCCACUGUGCAACGAACCGGUGUCCAACUUACGCCACCUUCUCCCGCUGCCGCAGCUGUCUCUGUUCUGCAUCCUCGCACGCGAGGUGGGGCUGCGUGCGCCACCGCCACCGAACUCUGCCAAAGCAGGUGCGAACAGCGCCAGAGACGCGCCGAAUCGCUUUAUUAGGUGUACAGGAACGUGUCCGCACGUAGAUGGCGAUGCAACUCUACGUCAACAGCAGCGUGUCUGCACGGCGUUGGCAUCGCCUCCCUCUCUACCGCCAGCGGGGCUGCAACGGAGCGCUACUGCCGACUAUCCAGACGCGCUGCUGCGCAGCUCCGCAUGCGAAACCCAACGCAUGGGCAGUGAAUCGCCGGAGGGACCUUCCCCCGCCCCCUCCGUCGACUCACCAGCCAACCUGGACCCUUGCUUCGCAUCUGCUUGGACACACCCUCCACUGAGGGAGGAAAUAGGAAGAGUGGAACAGCGUGAAAAUAAAGGCAAGGCAAAUAUUCCUCAGCUAUCUGCAGCCGCGCCCUUUGCCGUCACGGAGACGACGACGACCUCCCCGCUCAGCCCAACGCUGGCCCUGCUGCAGUCACGCUUCGCUGAAGACGAGCAGCAGCUCGAGUCAACGCCUCGCCUCACCGCUGCCGCCACCAUCGCCAAAGACGCCGAGGAGGGAAAUCAAAAUCGUGCGGAGCCGUGUCGUCCGCAGACGGAAACAGCACGGCAGCCGGCCGGUGCGUCUGCUGGACCGCCAUCACAGUGGCGGCUGUGGAAGCGCGGUCAGGGCGUUGUGCACUGUUCGCUGAUCCCACCCGCCGUGCGCCUGCACAGUGCUGCUCGUGCGCACCAACAACAGAGAAAGGAGGCAAAGACGAAUAGCCGUGAUCACGAGGGAGAUAGCGGCGUGCCAGACAAGGCGCACGUGACACGUCGAAGUUCAACUCAAGGCGAUCGCUUCACUGCUACCGCGACUACGCCUCCAUCGUCAACAACAUCGGCGGAAACAACCGUAGCGGAAUCUUUACAUCCGACUGAGGCAACGCGACUGCAUCGCUCCGGCCGCUGCGUUCUCUGCGGUCUGGACGUGGUGCAGCGCAGCGUUGUGCGCCGUCGCCUGCAUAGCCUCCUGCACUCCCCCUUUGCGCAGUGCGAUCCGGCAGAGUUGGCGGCACAGACCGAAGACGGCGUGUCGCUGCUGCUGGGGCCGCUGUGGGGCGUGCGCUGCGCCGUCGACACGCGGGCAACCCCGUCCGCAUCGGCACCGUCCAGCGCCGCAGUCUACACGUCAACGGAGGGUACGCCGUGGGCAGCAGAGUCGGUGCACAGCGAUGCCGACGCUUCUGAUGUGGGUCCACCACGGCGCCGCGCGACUCCCACGACAUUGCGCGCCGUUGCCCACCACAACUGUCUCGCCUGGGCUGGACUGCUCGACGUCUACACCGACACGGCUCUUGCAGUCGAGGAUGCGGCGGCGGCGGUGCCCACGACGACCACCGUGCUCCAGCUGACGGUGCCGCUGCAGGACCCGUUUGAAUUGUACGCCUCGCACACGUCGGGUCGCGUGGCACGUUGGCAGCUGCUGGCCGCAACACUCUGGCACCGACAUCACCACCCUCCGCCGGCGGACUCAGAGGGCGAGGUAGAAGGGCCGGCGGCAUCGGUGCGCGACGCAGCGGCGCUACCACACUGCGCCUUGUGCGCUGCGACACCGAAGCUGGCGAGGCCGGCGUCAUCGCCGUCGUCGUGGGGCGAGUUGUUUGGCGUUGGCCUGCGGACCUGCGCGGGCACGGCGAGAGGGGAGAGCAGCUGUGGGCUGCAGUUCCACUACCCGUGCGCCCUCAUCGCCGGCGCCGCGGCGUGCAUCGUUUUCGGUCUCGAGGAGGCGGACAACGUAUUGCGCACGGCCGACGGGGCGUGUGUGUGCGACGCGCCGCGCGGGGAGGCCGGGAAAGAGCCGCCGGCGGUGGAGGUGUGGUGUGGGCCGUGUCACGCGCGGCAUGCGUCUCGUAAGCGUGCCCGACCUUGCUGA